AUGAGAGAGAGAGAGGGAGAGAUAAAAAGAGAAAGAUCGAGUGUGGGAGAGACGCGGAAUGAAACAGGGACAGAGGUAUAGUCCAGGAUAGAUAGGUGUUGUAUAUAUACCUAUGUGCGGUGAGUGACGUGUGUGCCACCGCUACGUGUACAGGUGUGUGCGCGUAGCGCAGGUAGACCGCCGAUUGCAAAAAGUGCAGCGCUCUGUGGACUUUUCCAUACCGAAGAAGAACUGCGUGCGUGCGUGCGUACGUGUUGUCCGUCCGUGUAUACGUGUCUCUCUCUCUCUCUCUUUCUCCUCUUCUCUCUCUCUCUCUUUCUUCUCUCCCUCUCUCUCUCUCUCUCUUUCUACGUGCAUGUAUUUGUGCGAGAGUGCGUGCGCCGCCUUCGCGAUUGCAAAGAGACACCGGCGAGUUUUCGGCCUGUGUACCUGCGAACGAGGACGGACGAGAAUUCCGAGCGAUCGACCGACCGACUCUUCUCUCUCUUUACGAUCCACAUGAUGAUUUCGCUGCGGGAGGGGAAACGAGGGAAAGCAGGCAGGGCACUCGGAAGGGCAGCUAACUCGGUUUUGUAGAGGAGUUCCUUCGCGCGCCAAGUGUGAGGAGGGAAAGAGAAAGGGAAAAAAGAAGAUUGUAGUUGAUAUCCUCGUGAGAGAGAAGGAACCAGGAGGUGGACGUCGUGGCGCCGACGUCGAGAGGAUAUACCUACGUAGACGGCUUUACCGGAUGGAAACAACCACGACUCGUCGACCGAGAGAAGAGGAGGUAAUAGGAUCGUCCGCCACCAAGGUCUACCUUGCCGGCCGAGAGAGAUAGAGUGACAGAGAGGGAGAGGGAGGGAAGAAGCCAGAAAGAGUGACAGAGAGAGAUAGAGAGAGUGAGCGAGCGAACCAACCAACCAACCAACCAACCAGCCAACCAACCUGGUACACACGAACUCCAACUUCGCCGUUGACUCGCGGUCGGUAAAGCAUUGGGACGACGGUGGCGGUGAUCCAGCGAGACACUAGCGUUCGUGAACGAGCGCGGCUGUUGGCAGUCGCGGCUUUCUAGCGGACGUGAUAAGGACGAGUGGUGCGAUCCGGCGAGCAAAGCGGUCGACCGUGCGAGAACGAGUUGCGGGAGGACGGAAGAAAGAAGGAAAGGAACGAAGAAGCGAAUCGGCAACUAUUCAGCGACCCGUCAUAUAUUCUCCGGAUCGAAAAUUUCAUACGGUGCUACAUGUGUUACGAAUCGCGCUGCUACUUGAAGGACCGAAGGAAACUGAAGAAACCAAGAGAGAACCGGGGAGAAAGUGAAGAGAAUAAAGAAGAAACGGGGAGAAAUAUCCGAGAGAGAACGCAAGAAGAAUCCUUGGUUAGCGAUCCGGCGCUACGUGGAUUUAAUCGCUGAGAGAAAAGCAGGAGAGGAAGCCAAAAGGAAGAAAGGAAACAGGACCGAAUGUCCUUGAUGGUCCAUCCGGCGCUACAUGAUCGGGCUGAAUUCGCGACCGACAUUAAAUCGGGCAUAUCGAGGGACAUUAGAGGCGACCCACGUUUCACUCGCUCCGUUCGGCGGACAAUGCGACGAGGCGAGGAGAGGAUCAUCUACUUGCUGAUCAGCGCGAACCCGGGCGAUAAGCAGAGCUCGCCAUCUCGAGUUGAGUUGAGCCGCUGACUCGGCGGACACGGGAGCUGGCUGCUUUAACGCUUAUUAGUGUCCGCGAUUAUUUCAAUUAUCCGCGAGUAAUUUUCACGUUUACGCACAUCGUGCACGAAAGGUUCCGAUCGUCUUAUUCCACACUACCCGGUGCGCCAAUUUUGCUUUUCAACGAGAACCAAGAAGAGGAGACUCGCCGAUUUUCACGUGUACACACUGUUCGAUGCUGGCUCUUUGAGAAGAUGACCAAAAGUCCUGGAUCUUGACGAAGUGAACGGUGACGAACGAAGAGAUAGAGACUCGCGCUUCGGAGUCUCGAUCCACCAUUAUUAAUCGCUAGGGGAAUAAUCCUAGGCGGUGCCGGUUUUCUCGAUUGAUUCGUCCAGGACGAUUCCCAGGAUAAUCCUUGGAAUUUACUCCGGAUCGCGCUCUCGAUAGGACCACGAAGAUCAUCUUGUCUGUACGCUCUCGCACUCGUGCGGCGCUACGCUUGAAAAUCGUUCGGUGUCGUUGCUUGACAAAACCGGUUUCGUUCGGCUCGGCAAGUCUCGGCGUUUAUACAACGGUCGUGUGUGAGAGCGCGCUGAACGCGCGACCACGAGAGAGUGGUAGGAGUGAGAUUUAUGGAAAACGAAUUUACACGAGGUCACACCCACGGGAGCGGCUAUCUAUCUCUCUUUCUCUCUCUUUUUUCUCUUUCUCUCUCCUUUUUUUGUAUCUUCGUCUCUCUCUCUCUCUCUUACUCGCUCUUCUCCUUGUAACUCGUUCUAUCUGUCUCUCUUUCUCUCUCUCUCUCCUUCCGUUUCCCCUCUGUUCAUCUAUCAUUUGAUCCUUCGCGUUACCUCUGCUCGUAAUAACUACGAAAUCUGUGCGAUAACAGCGAAAAUCAGACGGCCAGACGUCGACCACGUUGAAGGAUCCUUAAAGAAUCGAGAUCUCGAUCGACGAGAGAACGAUACCGCUUCGAUAUAUCAAUCGGCCGGAUAAAUAUAUGCCAUACUUGCAACGGCCUUGAAGAAUUCUGUCUCGGAUCGUCGUGCGAAGAAUUAAUCGGCGAAACGAAGAUAGAUAAUGAAGCAGUUCAAUGACACAAAGUCCAAGGGAUUUAGCAAAAGGAAUGAAUUUUUGCCAACAAAAGUGAAGAUACUCAGGUCUUUAGAAUACCUAAGAUCAGACAUAACUUGCCAGGAAAACUUACGAUAAGAAGAAUUUUAUGCCGUCAAAUCGUAUUCUACAAUCGAUGCCAGAAUUAGCUAGUAAAAUAAAUGAAACUUUGGAUUACACACACGAGAGACAGCAUGAAAUCGGUUUAAUAAUUAAUAAACGUAAUAAAACUUAAAACCAUUUUCUAGAAAGAGAUGAACGUUGUACGUGAAUUACAUUUAAAUAGGGACGUUACGUUGAAUUGUAUUAAAGCGCGCGUUGAAGAUCCAAAAGUGUUUCCAACAUUUUCAAGCGUCGCAAUCGAUCAGAGUGCAUAACCAGACUGAACGGAGAGAAUCUCGAGACAAGGCUCGAAAGAAAGAAAAGGAAAAUGUCAAGGGACCUGGGUAGCCCGCGGAAGGAGCAGGACUCCUGGGACUCGCCCGGGUCGAGCGGCAACGCGUCGGUCGCGACAACGUCGACUUCGUCGAGGAAAACUUAGCCGUCUCGCUUGAUGAUCGGCUACAGUGACGAUGAAACGUGUGACGAGCGCAUCCGUUGCGGCCGCCACGGCCGCCGCGACCCAGGUGCAUCACCAGGCCAGGGUCCAGGAGUUGUUCGCUCCGGGACCGAUGUCGAUGACGACGACAACAACGACGACGAGUGCGUGCGGUUCCUCGAUCGACGAGCAAGAUAAACAAAUCACGACGAUUUCCACCUGGCUGGAACCGAAGGGCUCGCCGAAGAUCAGCCCAGGAACGAACGACGAGAACAAUAAAACUAAGUCUACGGCGAUGUCGCGACUGUUGGCCGUCGAUUCCGACAACUACAUGCUGCGUAAGGGCGCCGCGACGGCGACAACGUCGGUUAGCCACGGCGCCGCAACGCCGUCGUCCACCGCCUCCUCGUCAUCGCAGUCGACGUCGUCGUCGACGACGUUAAACGGUACCGCAAGCGUGCAGCUACAACGGCAGAUGCAGAGUCUCGCCAUAGGAUCGGCGAACGGGUCGUCGAUUCUGGCGACGUACGGCAAUAACAGCGACCACGUGAACGUCGGUCAGCUGUCAAGAUCGACGGCGACGUACGUUUCACCCAGGUGGUACACCGCCAGUAACAGUAACCAGGUGACGAGGCAGCAUCGAGAGGGAGCAGCGGCGACCCUCGAGGAACAAUCUCUGCAGCAACCGCAGUUGCAGUUGCAAUCGCGUACGACGAACUCGACGACGUCGGUGGAGGACCUCGAGGGCGAGCUUGGUUUCCCCAAGUUGGUGUGCGCGAGGCUGGUGUCCUUUCAUCGGUAUAUGUGUUGGUGCGGCACGGCGGAGGCCGUCGACGCGAACGAUCGCGCGAGUAAUAAGGGCGGCAAGAGCGGCGCGGCUACCUCGUACGAAGGGUUCAAACGAACGGUGCGCGAUGAUAAUUGUAGUAGUAGUAGUAGUCUAUGCUGCUGCAUGUGCGGUUCUCUAUGUCCCGCAGAGUGCCAUGCGUGCUUCCACAUCGUGUGUUCGGACUACAGCGGCCAGCACCUGUGCCAAUGGUCUACCAAGGGUCACGCGCUACCCGGCCAGGUUCACGACAAGGACAAGCCCGUCAGUGAGUGGACGUCACUAAACGUAGUUGAAUGGAUGUCAGCCCUAAAUCUGUACCGCUAUGCGGACGUGUUCAAGUCGAAGGACAUCAAAGGCAGCGAUCUGCCUCAACUGGAUCGAGAGAAGCUCAUGAAUAUGGGUAUAAAAGAUGAAUUCCAUCAAAAGAAUAUUUUGGUCUGCAUCGAGGAACUCUGCCAACCGUCGACGGUGACGACGGAAAUGACGGGGCCCCCGGCACUCGGCACGACAUCCGGCGUAGCCGUGGAAUCGGGCGGCUGUUCGCUCGGAGUCAACUAUCCGGGCAACAACGUGGUCAAUAAAUCGCACAAUCUCAAGCCGCACAGUUUCAGCGUCUUGGAGAAGUGCAGCAAAUGCCAUAAAUACCUCAGAGGCCUCUUACAUCAAGGCUUUCUCUGCCAAGAUUGCGGGCUGGUCGCUCACAGGACGUGUUCAGCGACGGGUUUGCCUUCCAAUUGCAUAUCGGCCGACUCGGACAAUUGUAUCAGCAGGUUUACUUCAGUGUUCGGCCUCGCGCUAUGCCUGCAAUUCGACACCGUCAGCCAAGUGGCGCCGAUUCUGGUGGAGCGGUGCACCCGCACCCUCGAGGAGCAGGCGUGCGCCGACCCGGCGCUGGACCUGUACAAAGUUUACCACAGCAGCCCGCCUAUCGAGCAGAUCCUCGAGCUGCGACAAAAGCUGACCGAAGAUGUCUGCAAAGCGGAUUUAAAUCCGUACACUCCGCAGUGUAUUGCGAGUGUCCUGAAGAAGUUCCUGCGAGAAUUGCCGGAUUCGGUGAUCCCUGUACAAUGGUACGACAGAUUCCUAGAGGCGUCAAACAUGAAAAACGACGAGCAAUGCGCGAUGCGCCUCAAUCAAUUAGUAGCUGAGCUACCGGAGCAUCAUCGUAGCACAUUGUGCCAUUUGAUGGCACAUUUCUGUCGCAUCUGCCGAUUGCAGCACGGAAGGGGCUACACGGAACCGCCGACCAUCCUCGUGCAAGUGCUCAGCCAUAUAUUUCUCAGGCCGCCCUGGGAGCGAGUCAUUCAAAUUGUUCACAACACGGAGGCACAUAUACGCAUAACGGAAAUGCUGCUGUUGCACGGUAAUUGGAACGAGAGGCUGCCGGAGUUUGCCAGUCCCCCUCAAUUGCCCCCGCGUAAAGUUUCGAGACCGCAGUUUCCAAUUGUGGACUCGUUCCCGGUUCCCGAGGACGAUGCCGCAGACAGAACGGCACCUGGCGCAGAUACUGGCAAGGACCAACAAUCGCACAGGCUGCCGCGCUCGCUUCAAGAUGCUGAAUGGUACUGGGGUAACAUCACGAGGGACGAUGUAAACGACAUGAUGAUUGAUGCAGCGGAUGGUACCUUUCUGGUACGCAACGCGUCUUCCAAGUGUGGCGAGUACACUCUGACACUGCGUAAGGGUGGGACCAAUAAACUUAUCAAGAUCAGCCAUCGAAAUGGGAAAUAUGGAUUCUCGGAUCCUUACAAUUUCAAUUCGGUAAUCGAGUUGGUCGAUUACUACAGGAACUGCUCCCUUGCGCAGUACAACUCCGUGUUGGACAUUAAACUGCUCUACCCAAUAUCGCGAAAUCAGCAUGUUCAGGAAGAUGAAUUCGCGAAUGCGACCGAUAUGACAAAGAUCCUGCAGAAAUAUGUUGAACUAGAGAAGGAAGUAAACGACGGUAUCCGGCAGUACCAGAAUUGUUGGGAUUUAUAUAACAGAACUACUUACGAAGUUGAUCUGAAGCGUCAAGCAUUGGAAGCCUUCACGGAAGCUAUCAAGAUAUUUGAAGAACAAAUCAAAUUACAAGAGAAGUUCCGGAAGGAAGCCCAGCCUCACGAGAUUUCCACUUUAAUGGACAAUUCGGAGUUGCUGAAACGAAGACUAAAGGCCUUGGAAGACAGCAAGGAACAAUUGGAGGAGAGCGUGAAGCAACAGGUUGCUUACAGCAGGACCCUCGAGAGAGAAACUUUCAGGUUGAAGGUGGAGACUGGACAGCUCGCGCGGCAAAGAGACCGCUAUGCUCUAUGUUUGAAGAAAAACGCGAUGAAACAGAACAAGAUGGACUUCGCGGUCCACUCCGACGAGAAAACAUGGCUUUAUCUGCAGGGUUCUCGUACCGAUGCCGAUCACGUUCUAAAAGAUCGACCGGACGGUACUUUCCUUGUUCGCCGAUCAAGAACGGGCCAGUACGCGCUCUCCAUAGUGUGCAACGGCACGGUGCAACACUGCAUAAUAUACGCCACUGAGCGCGGCUACGGUUUCGCCGAGCCUUACAACAUUCACGAGAGCCUGAAACAUUUGGUGCUGCACUAUGCCCAGAACUCCUUAGAGGAGCACAAUGAGUGCCUAACCACCACCUUGGCCUAUCCCGCGUUUGCGUCACCUGUGGCGCUCGCGCAGCUGCAAUCCCAGCAGAAGCAAUUGCAUAUUUACACUCAGAACCAAUUGCCAUUUGUGCGACUACCCCACGAGAAUCAGCUAGUCAUGCCGCAUACGUAAUAUUGGCAUGCUGAUUAGCAUCGCGAUCAGGAUUUGAUCGAAUCCGAAUACGUAGACGCGAAUCCUGCUGCAACAAGCAUCAGCAUUCGUUAACACGAUCAGCGAAUCCGAUCGCAUCACAUAAGCCUUCCUUGACGAGUUCGAACAUGUUCCGCUACGAAACAGAACGUUCCUUCGUUCGGGAAUAUUUUCCAAAAUCGCGUACAAUAAUUAUGCACAUAGUCAGGGGAAACAAUAUCUCGCGCGAAUCAACAUCAUAAAAAAGCGCGCAAUCGAAAGCGUGCAACCGGAUAUUUGAUCAUCAUCGAACGAUAGAUAGAUAAGUUACGAGGUCUACGAAAACACAGAGCACCUUCGACGAAACGUGUUUAAUAGCCAUAACAGUAAUUAUCGUAAGAACUACUAGCGAUAGAAUUAGAUGUACACCCGUUAUCGUGAUAGGUAACGAUCGCUUUGACUAACACAGAGGUUUCCAAACGACACGUCGCGACAUCCGUGAAAAUAUAUACGGUUUUUGUCCGAAAAGACUAAAAAAUAAGAGAUAAGCAAGUUUUCUUCCAUAUUCGAGAUGUUUAACAACGAAUUAAAAACUUGGAAGAUAAUUCCGGAAAAAUGAAUCGUGUCUUUAUUUCAGCAACGAUUAAGUAUGAUUAAAUAUUCAAAUUUUUUUACUAAAGAAUUUAGGAAUGAUACGAGAAUGAGUUAAAAAGUAGUUAAUUGCUCAUAUUUCGUAAAUAAAGAUAAAGAAGCACAAAAAAGAGUCGGGAUUUCCGGAAUAUUUGACAAAUAGCAAUUAGAUUAUCGCAUACCCAUGCUUUCUUAUCUCAAUAUGUAGAACAAACACGAAAAAAAGUAUCAAUUUUAAAAAACUGUUAAACCAAAAAGGUUUGGGAACCUCUGAGACAUAACAGGACCAACAACACCAACGACAGAUGUCACCAAUGCUCCCUCAGGAUAUGCACAACGCGGAGAGCCCUGUCGAAGGUUUACGCGGAGAUUACAGCGGAAUGAUGGCGCGACAUUACCGCCACCGAUUUUGUUCUCCGGCAAAAUGUAUUUUUAAUUUUGACGCUCAUCAUCGCGCAGAAUUGAUCCGCUCGGAAGCAUCAAUCUUGCAAGAAUCAUGUCGUCGUUUUGACGACGAGAUAAUUCGCCUCAUUUGUGUAGAUUCCAUUGUUCAAGUAUAAUCAGGGUAGUCAUAUCUCUAUCUAUGACCAUUUAUACUUUUCAACUGAAUGUUGCUAUACAUAAUCUGUAUAUAUUAAUUUUAUAAAUGAAAAUUAUAUAAAAACAAUUUAUAUUAUCUGCUGCAAUGUCUAAUGGUAUUUAAAAUUUGUUUAAGUCGUUAAGAAAAAUGUCUCGAUUUUUGCGGUCAAGUCUUCGUAUUUAAUCGCGGCAAUGAACGAAAUAUCUCGUCGUCUUUCCGCAGUGGAUCCCGACGAAGUUUCGUCAUCGAGAGCUUUUUUUUAUACAUUAGAUUUCGGAUGGCUGCGCCAUAAGCAGAUUGGUGAAGAAGAAUAUAUAAAUAUUAUCUGUGAUUUCAGAUUGUCUGUGAGCGGGGAGAAGAGUUAUCACGUUUGUCGUUUCCGAUCACUUUUGUCCCUAGUUUCUUAUCGUUGCCUUUGUUUUCUUCUUUUUCUACACUCCUUUUCUCUUUCCUCGAAUGUACGUGAGCUUUUUUUCGCCAAAAAUUCAACCCUUGCGAUUAACGAUUAACGCAUCGAAUCGAUCUUUCUCGCUAUUCUCGCGGAUUUGUUUCGGAUUUUGAAAGAUCUCGAAGGGUAGCGACAAUGAGAGGAAAAGAUCAGAACGCAACAAAAAUUUAGAAUAAAGAAUGCAUAAUUUUAAAAAAUAUUAACAAUGUGUGAAGAAAAACGCAUUUGAAGAGACAACACACUCGAAUAAUGCUAAUUUUUUUCCAGUGUAAGAAAUAAUAUCAAUGUAGGAAUAUUUAUUUGUAUUCCUUAUGAUUCUAUUGUAUGCAUCGAUAAAUAUUUAUUAUCUAUUGUUAUUAAUUUCUUACAUUUACUUUUCUAUAAUCUUUUGCAAUUAUUUCUCAAUUGUGUCCUGAUCUGAACCAUCACGAAGCAAAAUAAAUGUACAAGCGCGUGCCUGAGAAAUCUCAUGUUUACAGAGCGGUCGGUAAAUGUUGAGAAUGUAUCAGGAACGCUUUUACAUGUUCAGUGAGAUUGAUAGUCCUCGAAUUCCUCUCGCGCUACCAUAUAAUUGAUGGAGAGUUAACGUGAAUGCAAGUUGACAAAGAUUUGAUCUGAAUAAAUGAAUUUUAUUAUAAGUAU